AUGUCUAAAAAAGAGUUUUUACAUUUUUGUUAUACAUCAUAUCAUUGUUAUACAUGUAGAAAUAAUUUCCAAUGUAAACAAAGAAAAAAAGAAUUUACACAAAAAGAAAGGGAAGAUUUAAAUAAAAAGGAUGAAAUUUCUAUUUGUUGUUUAUGUGACAAGAAACAUUUUAGAUGUAAAUCAAAAAAAUGUGACAUGUGUUGUAAGAGAAAUGCAUGUGAUUCUUAUCCAUGUAAAUAUUGUUUGGAUAAUGGUAAUGAUUGUAAAUAUACUAUUAUACGGAGUUUAGAAGAAUUUAAGAGUUUUGGUAAAUAUGAUUUGAGUGCGUAUACUGGACAACUUGAAUAUACUAAAGAAGGUAAGGUUCAUGUUCAAGGUUAUUGUCAAUUUGAGAAAAAAAGAAAUAAGACAAGGAAGAAAAUUUGUGAGAUAUUAAAGGAUUAUACUGUAUGGAUUCCAGAAGAAAAAGUUAGAGGUGAUUCGAAUGAGAAUAUAUUAUAUGCAACAAAGGAAUAUAAUCCAUGUGAUAGACAUAAGAAAAAGAGAUGUAAAUGUCAUCAUGGUGAUAAUAUAUGUGAAAUUUGUAAUGAUAAAUGUCCAGAAAAAACGAAAAGUAGGAUUGAAGGAUUAAUUAAUGAGGUUGGACCAUUUAAAUUUGGAAAUUUUCGUUAUUUGGGAGAGAAAAAAAAUGAAGAAUUUGAUGCUAUCAUUGAAGGAAAUGAGAUGUUAUAUGAGGGUGCCACUUCAUUAGAAGUAUUUAAACGUAAUAGAGGUAAAGUUACAUAUUCUAGUAAUUAUUCUAAUAUGGGUAAGAUUUAUCGUGAUGUACAAGAGGAAAAAAUGAAUUUAAAAGGUGAUAGGUUUUGGCGUCCUUUUACAGUUUAUAUUUAUGGACCUAGUGGAAGUGGAAAGACAGGAUUUGUUAGAGCUUUGUUUGGAGAUGAAUUAUAUGAUAAACCAAAAAAGAAAAGGAAUGGUUCUAAUUGGUGGAAUAAAUAUAAAAGACAAGAGAUUGUUUUAUUGGAUGAGUUUUAUACAAAGAUUGAUUGGGAUGAUAUGGUAAAUAUAUUAAAUGAUAGUAUUUGUGAUUUGGAAUUAAAACAUAAAGGAUUUGUACCAUUUCUUGCGAAAUAUGUAUUUUUAACAAAUACAAAACCUCCAGAGGAAGCAUAUAAUUUUGGUCAAAAUGGUCGUGAUGAUGAUUCAAAUAAACGUAGUUUUGAGCAAUUUGAAAGACGUUUAGAUAUCAUUAUUGAAUUUAGAGGUAAAUGGCAUAAUGAUAUUAGUAAACGGACAACUGAGAUUAUAUUUCAUAAAGGUGAUGAACAGAAAUUUCGUGAUAUGGAAUGGGAUGUAGAGUAUAACAAUGAUAAAUAUACUGUUGAUGAGAUUGUUGAGAGGGGAGAA